UCUUCCCUCUUCAAAAGCCACUCCUCCACCAAUUCUCAAUCUUUUUGAAACCUUAUUAUUUUCUUCUCCAACAUUUCGAGAUGAACAACGUUUUCGAUUUCCAACACAAUCUCCCACUAAUCCCCGCUCCACCGUCGACCCACCAUGACUGCGCGUCAACCUCCGCCGCCGCUAAACACCACCCAAAACCCCGCAAGAAGCGCUCCUCCAACUCCAAGCCGCCGCCGCCUCCGCCGCUCCAAAGCGGCGUCGUUUCGGCGGAAUCAGUGAGGGCGUGCAGCGAGUGUGGGAAGAAAUUCUGGUCGUGGAAGGCGCUUUUCGGCCACAUGCGGUGCCACCCGGAGCGCCACUGGCGCGGCAUAAACCCGCCUCCCAGCCACCGCAGACCUGCUAAUUCUGAUCCGGUCAUCGCUUCCCAGCACGACAUCCUCGAGGACUACGAGAUCGCCGCCUGCUUGCUCCUCCUCGCUAACAACGGAAACGACAAUCAUAAUGAUAUUAUUCACAAUUACGAUCAUCAUCAUCAUCAUCAUCAUGUAGAGGGCAACAAAAACGACAACAACAACAACAACAAUAGUACUACUGUGUCUCAUGUGUCGUGUGCGUUUUUCGAGUGUUCGAGUUGCAAGAAGGUGUUUAGGUCCCACCAGGCGCUGGGGGGCCACAGGGCCAGCCACAAGAACGUCAAGGGCUGUUUCGCCAUGACCAGAACAUCAAGUAACAGUACUAGUACUGGUGAUAUUCAUGACAAUAAUUUUGGGCUGGACUUUGACUUGAAUUUGCCUGCGGGUAUGGAAUCUCAUGAUAAUGCUUAUUGUUUAGUUUCGUCUUCUUAUUCCUCUUCUCCGGGCCUUGCUAAUUUGGAUCUAAGGUUGGCUCUUUGAUAGAUAAGUAAUGCUCAUGUACUU